UACUGAUUACAAACACGGAAGUGCAGAUAGAACGUCACCGUAGCAGAAUAGCAAUUGAAUUGAUAACCACUAAGACUUCAACAAUAAUUUAGCAGUUGCUUCUAGUACAGAACGACCAUUUAGAAGCACGCAUAUCAAGGAUUUGGUUUUCCGUUCUAUGGAUUUUUUGGAUUUUUUAUCAUGUGCGUGUAUCGUAUUUACGAUCGGGAUGUUCUCGACAGGAUUAACCGACCUGAAAAAGAUGAGAGCAUGUCAAAGUGCUGACAGCGUCCAGUUCCUGCCCUUUCUCACCACCUGCCUCAACAACCUCGGAUGGUUGUAUUAUGGGAUGCUUAAGAGGGAUGGGACCCUGGUACUAGUCAACACCAUCGGGGCUUCCCUACAGAUCCUCUACAUUGUGUUCUUCUGCCACUACACCAAAGAGAGGAGGCGGGUGACCAGACACACCCUGGCUGCAGCAGCAGUGCUGUGUGGAGGCUGGCUGUACUUCAGCAUGUUGCUGCCUCCGGGAGACAGUCAGCUGGCUCAGCUGGGCCUCACCUGCAGCGUGUUUACCGUCAGCAUGUACCUGUCCCCCCUCACCGACCUGGUGGAGAUCGUGCGCAGUGGGAAUGUGAGUUGUCUGUCGUUCCCCCUCACCGUGGCAACGUUCUUUACCUCCACCUCAUGGACGCUGUACGGCCUCCAGCUUCAGGACUACUACAUCAUGGUGCCGAACACGCCUGGCAUCGCCACCAGUCUCAUCAGAUUCUACCUGUUCUGGAGGUUUGCGUCUGCCAAUCAGGACUCACCGUCCUAUAACCUGAUCCAGAUCUGAGGGGGCCGGACAUUCGUCCACCAAUGGUAGUGAGGGAUCAGGAGGGCAGCCCGGCGUUUACCAAGUGCCUUGAGUCCUCCGACAUUACAUCCCUCACGUGACGAUUGAUUGAAUUAGUCAAGAAUGAAUGACAUGUUUGAGUCUUCCGCCAUAGAACGAGACUGUAGGUGUACCCAUGACCUGUCCUAUACCACAGACUAGGGGGGGACGAGCUGCUUGUCUGGACGAGCUGCUUGUCUGGACGAGCUGCUUGUCUGGACGAGCUGCUUGUCUGGACGAGCUGCUUGUCUGGCGUUGUGGGCCAGACGCCUUAGCCUCCCAGCCUGGGAGGACCAGGGCCUACCAUGUUGUAACAGAGGGUAGACUUCCUUCUCUAUACAUUAUUCUAGUCCUAUAUAACCCAACAGGACAUGGCUGUGGAUUAUUAUAUUUUUCUCUGUUUAUUUUCGUGCCCAAAGUAAAUAUACUGUAUUGUGAUUGCUAUUUUUAUAAAAAGUUGUGUAAAAGAGAAUAUGUAUGCACAAAAGGAUAUUAUCUCUACGCAGGGGAAAUGAUGGUGUGUGCUUGGCUGGUGACUGGUACUCAAAAUAAAUGUUUUAUACGUCUUUUAAA